ACAACGUGUUAUUGCUGGCUUCGUAUAAGUCAAGGUAGUUAAAGAUGGCCAACGAAGAUUCCAUGGAGGACUAUCCCACGGAGAUCGAUGAGUACCUGACUGGAUUCGAUUCUUCUGUUAACGAUGUACAGAAUGUGGUUCAACAUCUAUUAACAGUGUCCAAGAGCGACCUUCUCUUGAAGUUAGAUCCACUGGAGCAAGCCAAACUGGAUCUGAUGUCUGCCUAUGCCCUAAACUCACUUUUCUGGAUGUAUUUAGUGACACAAGGAGUAAACCCGAAAGAGCAUGGAAUUAAACAGGAACUGGAGCGAAUCAGAACAUACAUGAACAGAGUGAAAGAGAUCACUGAAAAGAAGAAGGCAGCACGGCUGGACAAGGAGGCAGCAUCUCGCUUUCUGAGAAGUGCAUUGUGGGAAGCUGAUGAGGGCAAAUCAAAAGCCAGUACGGAGCAUUCACAUCAGACCAAGCACAGGAAACUUAACUGAUGCAGCUGGACUGAGAACUGCAUGUUUUUCCAUGGACUCUAAGGAAGAGGCCUCAAUUGGGACUGAAGAGAGAUGCAGACUUUCAUUUCCUCGAGAAUACAAACGGACUUGUGUAUUUAUAAGGAAGAAAUUAAGUUCAAUAAAUGUUUUGGCUGUGAGAUGCAUCUUGACAGUCACUAUGUCGGUUUCAACUCUUUGACAAAUGAUAUGAUUUAAUUUGCUUUUUCAUUUAAUUUAAUUUUUUUUUUUUUUUUAGGAAAAUAAACUCAUUUAAGGAAUUCCAAAACACAAUGAACAGAUUGAACAGAUAUUUGAUGUCAAAAAUACAAAAAUAUGACAAUUUCUUCAUCAUAUCAUACCAUUUUCCACUUAGGACACAGGAAUGAAAAAUUAAAUUUGUGAAUAGGUAUGAAUAUAUGUGUGCACUUGAGUGCAAUAUUAGUGUUGAAUAUCUUGUACCUAUAGGUGACUAACGACAUUCCAUUGUUGGUUAAAGUUGCGGUCUUUUUGAAAGCAGACAUCCACUGGCUCUCACUGCUUCCCAUGGAUUUAUGGAACGGUGGAGUCUUAGUUAACAUUCACUCUCAUGUCAUGCAAACCCCUACAGUUUUUGAUCACUGCUGUCAAUCGUGUGUGUUUUUUCAGACUGUUUCAUAGUUGACAGAUUCUUGGAUGUCUAAAUUAAAACCAAUGUCUGUGGUUAGUAAACCAUGAAUCUGCUGACUGUUCCUGAAAUGACAGAUCUGUAUACAGCCAAUAACAGAUGCAUGAACAUU